UCUCAGUGUUUUGUGAAUGGGAGCGAGAGGGAGGAGUUGGACUUAGACCAUCCAGGACUGACUGACUGACUGACUGACGGGAUUCACCAAACCAGAAAACCUUCACAUUAUAGAGCAAAACCUGAGAAUAUACAGGACUCUUCCCCCGCAACGUCCCGAUGAAGGGAGAGAAAGAGAUCACGACCAAGAUGGACCCGUCUAACGGGCUGAACCGACCGCUGGAGAUCGUCCCGCACGCCAAGGUGAAGAUGACCGAGCGAGGACAGUGGAGCAACAAGCUGGAGUUUAUCCUCUCAGUGGCCGGAGAGAUCAUCGGACUGGGAAACGUGUGGCGCUUCCCGUAUCUCUGCUAUAAGAACGGUGGAGGUGCGUUCUUCAUCCCCUACCUGAUCUUCCUCUUCACCUGCGGUAUUCCCGUGUUUUUCCUGGAGAUCUCUCUGGGUCAGUUCACCAGCCAGGGAGGGAUCACAUGCUGGAGGAAGAUCAGCCCGCUGUUUGAAGGCAUCGGAUACGCCACUCAGGUGAUUGUGGCUCUGCUGAACUUCUACUACAUCAUAGUUCUGGCCUGGGGAAUAUUUUACCUGUCCUUCUCCUUCACCUGGGAUCUGCCGUGGUCGUCCUGCAACAACACCUGGAACACAGAUUCCUGCAUGGAAUUCCAAAGACGAAAUGACUCCAUUGACCAAAGUCACCUUGAAAACUCAACAUCGCCCGUGAUCGAGUUCUGGGAACGGAGGGUUUUACGGAUCUCCUCUGGGAUGGAGGAGAUGGGAACGCUGCACUGGGAUCUGGUCCUCUGUCUGUUGUUGGCCUGGGUUAUGUGUUAUUUCUGCAUCUGGAAAGGUGUCAAAUCCACCGGCAAGGUGGUGUACUUCACUGCGACCUUCCCUUAUGCGAUGCUGCUGAUUUUACUGAUCAGAGGAGUCACGCUGCCAGGAGCGUCCCGUGGGAUCCAGUUCUACCUUUAUCCCGACCUGGGAAGGUUAGCGGACCCGCAGGUGUGGAUGGACGCAGGCACGCAGAUCUUCUUCUCCUAUGCAAUCUGUCUGGGUUGUCUGACCGCGCUCGGAAGCUACAACAAAUACAACAACAACUGCUACAGGGAUUCUUUGGCACUGUGUUUCCUGAACAGUGGAACCAGUUUUGUUGCCGGAUUCGCAAUCUUCUCCAUUCUUGGCUUCAUGUCUUACGAACAGAACGUCCCGAUUUCAGAAGUGGCAGAAUCUGGUCCUGGGCUGGCGUUCAUCGCGUACCCGCGGGCCGUGUCCAUGAUGCCCUUCUCCCCGCUCUGGGCCGUCUUCUUCUUCAUCAUGAUCGUCCUGCUGGGGCUCGACAGUCAGUUUGUGUGUGUGGAGAGUCUGGUGACCGCUAUGGUGGACAUGUACCCGACCUUCUUCCGCCGCAAGAACCGGCGAGAGCUGCUGAUCCUGGCCGUGGCCGUCGUGUCCUUCCUCGUGGGGCUCAUCAUGCUCACGGAGGGAGGGAUGUAUGUGUUCCAGCUGUUCGAUUACUACGCCGCCAGUGGCAUGUGUUUGCUCUUUGUUGCUGUUUUUGAGACCGUUUGCAUUGCCUGGAUAUACGGUGCUAAUCGCUUCUAUGACAAUAUCGAGGACAUGAUUGGUUAUCGUCCUGGGCCGUAUAUUAAAUAUUGCUGGCUCUUCUUCACUCCAGCCACAUGUUUUGGCACGUUUGCGUUCUCCCUGAUCAAGUACACUCCUCUGAAGUAUAAUAACGAGUAUGUGUACCCGUGGUGGGGUUACGCGCUGGGCUGGCUGCUGGCGCUGUCCUCCAUGGUCUGCAUCCCGCUGUGGGCGGUGUAUAAGCUGAGCACCGCUAAAGGCUCGCUGCGAGAGCGUUUCAACGAGCUCAUCACGCCCUCGCUGGACCUGCCCAAAUCCAGACGGGACCAGGAGAAGACUCAGGCCAUCUUCGCAGCCGACGGCGAGACUCUCCGCCAGCGAAACAAAGACGGGUACUUACCCGUGAGCGAGAAAGAGUCACACUGUUAG